AUGGAAAAUAAACUUUUAAUUGAAUUAUGCUUUGACUUUAUUUUAAAAGAUUUAGAUAAAUUUCAAUCAUUCAAUUUAGGACAACAUUUACCAGUUGAUUUAAAGGAUAAAAUGUUUUCAUAUUAUACAUCCACUAUAUCGAAUGAACCAUCGAAUUCACCAUUUCCAAUCACAUCAUAUCCAGAGGAUAGAUAUAGGGAUGUUCAAUUAGUCAAUAGAAUCACCUGUCAACGUGUUAUACCACUUUGUUUUGCAAUGUGGAGUUCAUUAGAUUAUCGAUAUGAAAAAGUUAGAAAAUUGAUAGAAGAAGAGGCUUGCGAUGUCAAUGAAUCAGAUCUCGAAGGCUUUUGUCCUCUCCAUUACGCCGCCAUCUAUGGUAGAAUCGAUGCAUGCAAACUUUUAUUAAUUCAUGGUGCUGAUUGUUCUAGAAAGAAUAGUUUUGGUAAAACUCCUUCCGAUUUAGCUCAAGAUACAAAAGUUCAACAAAUGAUAAAAUUGAGAGCAAUACUAUUUAGAAAAGAAGAAGUUAAAGAGAUGGAACAAGAUUUACAAACAAAGAGAAAACAAAUUGCAGAAUAUCAAAGAAAACAAUUAAGAGAAGAUUUCUUAAAACAAUCGAAACUAAUUACAGGUGUAUUGGAGAAGAAAGGUUAUGAUAAAAAGAUUCAAUCACCUCUUUCUAGAUCACCAAAUAAACAACUGACUCAAGAAAUACAAACAAAUUUAACAAAUACUACCUCUACUACCACCACCACUACUACUAAUCCAACAACACCAUCAACAACUUCUUUAUCACAAAUACAACCAAUACAAACUACAACUACAACAACAACUACCACCACAACUUCCUCCUUUAAUAAUAAUAAUAAUAAUAAUAAUAAUAAUAAUAAUAAUAAUAAUAAUAAUAAUAAUAAUAAUAAUAAUAAUAAUAAUAAUAAUAAUAAUAAUAAUAAUAAUAAUAAUAAUAAUAAUAAUAAUAAUAAUAAUAAUAAUAAUAAUAAUAAUAAUAAUUUAACCUCAAUAACAACAACAACGUCCAAUAACAACAACAACCAACAUGUAGAUUUUAAUGAUGACACUUUAAAUAGUGCUGUAAAUAAUAACAAUAACAAUAAUAAUAAUAAUAAUGGUAAUGAUAAUGGAGAAGAUUAUUCGUUUCGAACUGUGAUAGCACAGAUUGAUUUACCACAAACUAAUACAUCGACCAUUUCAAGAGAAGGACCAACUCAUACGAUGGGUGCUUUGCCUAGAACAAGACAUACUAUGAUAUCACAAUCUCAAACUUAUAGUGUUGGAAAUUUAGAUUCAACAACAACAACAACACCAUCAUCUUCAUCAAAUGACCCAAAUAGUAUUGAUUCUUCAAUCGAUAGUGGUAAUAGUAAUGGUGGUAGCGGCGGUGUUUUACUUGUAAAUAAUAUCAUUGAUAGUAGUAGUAGUAGCAAUAGCGAAUCAAUUUUUAUAGGUCCUAGUAGUCAUUCAGUAUUUCAUAAAUAA